UCUUUUAUCUCUCUAAAACGGCGUUAUACCAACCAAUUUGAUAAACUUUUCGCGCUUCUUUCUUUCUCUCUCUUUCUUUUUCGGUCGUGCAAAGUCUUUCUUGUCCCGAGAAGCACAGAUGUUCCUCACCUUUAUUUUUAUGGCACGUGCUUGCUUUCUCUGAAAUUUAGUUCACUGCUUCUCACCUCUUUCGCUAAAUGUUUCUCAGUAAAUCAGCUGGAUUUGAUGCUCUUUUCCUGCUUCUUCUGGAGAAUCAAUUCCUGGGCUCUCUUGCUUCUUGGCUUUGAUUAUGUGAUAUAGUUUUUGGAGACUUGGAGUUGAUAUUUGAAGGAACUGUGUAGGGUCUCUGAAAAUUUGAAGUGGGUUGUGGCUUUCUUCCUUAGUUAGAGUCUAUGGUGGUCUGAAAGAUACUGGGAGGGUUUUGGCUUUCCUUUUGUAAACUGGGUGUAUUUGUGGGGAAAUCUGUAGUUUAAGAGUUGGGUUGCGAUUUAACUGCUUUAUAUCUAGUUGAAGAAAAGUCGCAGAGUCCAUCUGCUUUUUAGCAAACAGGCAGAGAGCUUUCUGACCAUUGUUCUGUUUUCCACUGCACGGGGUUGAGAUUGUAACUGAAGUGGAACCUUUAUUAUGUUUCAUAGCCUCCAAUGUUAGUCCCUCAAGCCAAUUGAUCUAGGGUUCCCACCCAAGGACAGAUCUAAGAUAAUCCUCAUUUUAAUGGGGUCUGAUGUUGUUGAAGUAGUGGAAAAACUGCCAGAUCCUUAUUCCUGUAAGGUGCCAUUAUUAAUGUGUAGAGAACUUCUGAAAUUGGUUAAUAGAAUAUCAAAAAUAUUACCUGCAAUAGAAGCAGCUCGCCCUCAAGGCUCAUCAGGAAGAAAGGCACUAUGCUUGUUAACCGAGGCAAUUGAGAAAGCCAAGCAAUUUCUCAAGUCCUGCACAGAGUCUAGUAAACUUUACCUGGUAGUAACAGUGAAGGAUAGAGUCUCAAGAUGUCAAAAAGUAAAGAACUUUUUGGAGCAAAGUUUAGGCGAUCUUCAAACUAUGGUUCGACCAGAGUUGGCACUAGAGAUCUCUUGCAUUGUGGAUGAUCUUAGGAGUGCAACGUUUUCCCUGGACUCAUCUGAAGAAGCAGCUGCUAAGGCUAUGGAAGGAUUGAUCUUCCAGAGACCUUCUGCAUCAGGUCCAAUGGAAAAAUCUGAGGUUUAUGAAGCUCUUCAAUUGGCAGCUUCAACACUUCAUGUUACAUCCCCAAAGGCUAUCUGGAUAGAGAAAGAAUCUAUCAAGAAGAAGCUUGAUGAAGUUGGUGAUACUGAUCCAAAAAAGAAGAUUUUAAGAUUUCUUUUGAAAAUAUGGGGGGAGUAUGGAAACUUAAUCCUGCAAGAGCAAUCACAUAAUGACUGUGUUCAGAAUGAAGGAGAAUUUGCAUUUGAGAAUGGCAGAAGUAGUUCUGCAUAUAUUCAGUCUGUUGAUGCGGAUAUGCCUAUAGGAUGUGGGCAUCGUGAGGCGCAAGUCGACAUCCUAAGUAGAGCUAUACCCCCUAUGGACUUUAGGUGCCCUAUAUCAUCAAGAUUGAUGUAUGAUCCUGUUGUAAUAGCAUCUGGACAAACAUUUGAGAGGAUGUUCAUACAGAAGUGGUUUGACAAGGGUAAUGAUACAUGUCCAAAGACUAAAAUGAAACUGGCUUAUCUGUCAUUGACUCCAAACAAGGCCAUGAAGGAUUUAAUAUCAAACUGGUGCAUGAGGCAUGGAGUCACCAUUCCUGACCCAACUAUGCUACCUGAAGAAGCCCUUCCCUCUUGGGAAACUUCUUCCACUUCCAUUGCUUCUUCUGGCAGUUCUAUGAAUGGUCUACAUCUUCGGAUGGAUCUCAGCAACACGUCCCUUGGAUCUUUAGACACUAAUUACACUUCUAGUCCAUCACAUGCUAAGAUAGCAGAUGGCUUAAAUUUGAUUUCUAUGCAGACAAAAGAUGAGCACAAAUUUCAAUCUCAUGAAAACACGCGUGAGAUGGAUUCGGAAUUUUUAUCUAAACUCGCCGAACUUCAAUGGGAAUCCCAAUGCAAAUUUGUUGAAGAUGUCAAAAAGCAUCUGAAUUACAGUGAAAAAGCUUUUCUUCAUAUGUCAUCUGCCAAUUCUGUCGAACCACUUGUUAGAUUUAUGAAGGACGCGCAUGACCUGCGUGAUGAGAAAGCUCAAAAAGCUGGAUCUCAGUUGUUGUUGGCAUUUUUGAGCAAAAACAGUAGUGGGAUCUCGUACUUACGUGAAGAUGCAUUUAGUCUCUUGGCCACUUAUAUUGAUUCAGAAGUAGCAGCAGAAGAAGCUCUUGACAUAUUGGAAUUGUUGUCUCGCCAUCGGUAUUGUGGAGCUAAAAUUGCAGCAUCCAGUGCUUUGACUUCCAUCCUAAAGAUUCUCGACUCCAAUAACAAAUUUUUCCAGAAAAGGGCCUUCAAAAUUCUGUGCCAAUUGUCCUCAAAAACAACUGAAGUUUGUUCCCACAUUGUAUCUUUGCAAUGCAUCCCAAAGUUGGUUCCUUUUUUAGUUGAUAGCACCCUUGCAGGAAAUUGUGUAUAUUUAUUGAAGAAUUUAUGCUGUAUUGAAAAGGCUAGGAUUUCUGUUGCUGAAACUAAUGGAUGCAUUGGUUCUGUUGCUGAGAUACUUGCAACUGGCAGUCAUGUGGAUAAGGAAAAUGCAGUGGCUGUUCUCCUUUCGCUCUGCUCUCAACGUGUUCAAUAUUGUCAGCUGCUCAUGGAUGAGCGUGUCAGUGCUGCCCUUGAUGAUAUAUCUGUCAAUGGUAAUGACAAGGGCAAGGUGAGUGCUUUGGAAUUGCUUCGACUCUUGAAAGAUUAUCAACAGUGCCCUGGAUCUCAUAUUGAUGCCUCUAGAGACUCCACAGAUCUCUCUAAAGAAAGGAAGUCAUCAAAGGGAUCCAGCUUUUUUGGAUGGAUGUCAUCAAAGUCCAAGAAACCCUCUUCUGCCACAGGAAAGAAGAAAUGAAACUUGUGUCUUCAGCUCAUUUUACCUGGUGGUGAUUUGAAAUAUCUUUUUGUUAUUUUUGUUGGUGUCAGUCUCUCUCAGUGGGUAAAUUGAGAGGAGGUUAAGAUCAGCUGUUUCUGUAGGUGUGAAGGAAGAUCUGUCUCGAUCAGUUACCUUAGUUGAUUGCAAUCUUUAAUUAUAGUUGUUGGUUUGACUUUUUUUUUUUAUUUGGUUUGUAAUUUGUGAUCAAUUCUUAUUAGUUUGCAAUCCCAAAUUUAUUGGGAUAUGAUUUAAUGGUAUGUGUAUAUAUUUCACCAUGAUCAAUAAAACAAAUUGUGAAAAGCUUUGACAA